AUGCCCAACACACCCAUCACUGUCGCCGCGACAUUGGGCACCCCGACGAUCACCGACACGACGACAACGACCAUGUCCACACCGAAUGCUAGCGUGGAAGUCUCAUCUUUCACACACGUCAGGCUUCCGGGGUUCUGGCACAACUCCCCUACGCAGUGGUUCACGCACGCGGACGCCAUGUUCGCGAACAAGCGAAUCCGUUCGGAUUUGUCGCGCGUGAAUCACGUGCCCGAGGCUUUGGACGAGGACGGUGUCCGCACGAUCGCGGAUUUGCUGGGAGCCGACGCGACCUACGAAUCGAUCCGACAACGACUCAUCGCUACAUACAGCGUCCCCCAAGCAACGCGCUUCCAGCGAAUGAUUCAACCAGGUGGCAUGGGCGAUCGCUCCCCAUCGCGUUUGCUCCGGGACAUGCGAGAGAUCUACCCCGACGACAUGACGGACAGCUCUCUGCUCGCGUUCUGGCUGAACAAGCUGCCGCCACCCGUCCGCACCGUCAUCGCCGGUCUCACCGGAUCCGUCGAUUUUCUCGCUGAACGCGCUGACCGCGUAUGGGAAGCGUCGCAGAGCAACGAGAUUUCGGCCAUCUCGAGGGACCACGACGCACGCGAGCCGCGCCCCAGCGCGCGCCCGAUCACACCGGCAAGUUCGCCCGACCAGGACGCACGUUUGCUCGCGCUAGAGAACGCGAUACACGCGCUGACCACAAAAGUCACGUCCCUGGCGACGUCUCAGGCAGCCGCGCUAGCUCGCACGACCAACGACCGCCCCACGCGCCAGCAACGUGAUCGUUCCCGCUCGCAGUCGCAGCCGCGAAAGCUCGUAACGGCUGGUUGGUGCUACUACCACAACCAGUACGGCGCGGAUGCACGCAACUGUCGCGAACCGUGCACUUACGCGGAGAAGACAAAGAAAAAUCCGUGA